AUCGCCAUGUCUGAUGUAAAAGAUGAGAAGGAACAGGAAGAGAAGGAGUUUGGAGGGAUUGAAGGACCCAACUCUCAAUAUGUGAAGCUGAUGUCCUCUGAUGGCCUCGAGUUUAUUGUGAAGCGCGACCAUGCUUUGACAUCCGGCACUAUCAAGGCUAUGUUGAGCGGUCCUGGUCAAUUUUCAGAGAACGAGAACAAUGAAAUCAAUUUCAGGGAGAUACCAUCUCACGUGCUGCAGAAGGUGUGCAUGUAUUUUACCUACAAAGUGAGAUACACCAACUCCUCCACCGAGAUCCCUGAGUUCCCCAUCGCACCUGAGAUUGCACUGGAGUUACUGAUGGCCGCAAACUUUUUAGAUUGCUAAGAUCCAGAUCUGUUUCCUCUUUUAUUUUUCAAUGUUUUUCAAAGUCAGAUCAAGAAGAUCAAAACAGUUUGCAAAUUAAGUCAUAUCAUCAGUAGGAGAAUUAAGACAUUGGGCUUCUUUUUUUCUUUUUUUUUAAAGUGGGCAUUUCACUUCUAACAAAUUUCAGUUUUUCGUGGGGUACAUGGGGGGGGGGGGGGGGGGGUUAAGGAUGGCAUUUUUCACUACUUCUGACACAUUUCGGGGGUUUUUUUUAUGGUACAUUUUUGUUGCAUUUAUCAACCAUCACUGAGCUUUGGAAUAGAUGUCUUUUUGGUUUUACAGCUCAUUUAGAAGUGCUGAGGUACACAGCACCCUCCUGGAAACAGCUGUUUUCAUUCCAUCGUAGCCUGCCGUAUCUGGCUCAAAUAGCAACAGAGAUUCUUUUUGUUGGGUUUCUUUUUUUUUUUUUUUUUUUUUCGUAAUUCUUGUAAUUUUGUUUGCUGUGUAUGAAUGAUGUGAGAAUUUGGAGAGUGAAAAAGUGCUUGUCUUUCUUUAAUAAAGUAAUUUAUCCAUUAUACAUCACA